AUGCCUGGCGCGCAAUAUUACGACGGUAGGAAGUUAAAUAUACCAAUAUCGAAGAAGGCCGGAGUUGAACUGGUGGAACGAUGGAUUAAUCAGGGAAUCAGCAGUAUUAUGGCUUGUAUUGCCACUAAACAUCUAAACGAAUUGAACGAGUAUGGACGAAAUCGACUGCAAAAGUGCUCAAAAACUGCUGAGGAUAUUUAUGAGCAGGCACACUGCUUGAUUCGAGCCAUUGAUGCAAAGCCGAAGCAGACAAAUCCUACAAGAAUUUCUCAUCUACAAAAGCUGCAAAAAUUAUUGGAUGGAAAGCAAAAGGAUACAGCCGAUGUUCUAAUGCAAUCUGAAUCACAUCGAAUCGGCAUGAAGCGAAAUAAAAAAGAGAAACAGACGGAAUUUCGUACCCGACGAAGUGUAAUCAACCGACACAAUUAUAAGUUGCAUACCGAAUAUGAACACUUGACACCUUUCGGCAUUCUUGGCAAACACUUAUCGAAGAUGACAAGAGUUAUCAAAAAUAAGGAUCCGAAUUUAUCAUGGAAAAAGAUGAUGUACGAUAUCGAAAGUAUGAAACAACGAGAAAAAGAAAAAAAUGACUUCGCUGAACAGUUGCAGAAACGAUUUUCAUUAAAUCAGAAUGUUGGAAAAGUGAAGCCAAAGCUAAUACCGGAUGAAAAACAUUUGGCAAAGGAAUUACGCAUAUCAAAUCGUGUCUUGCAAGGUUUGGAUAAAAGCAAUGUGAAAACAAAAGAGACUUUAGAAAUCAUUAAACUCUUUCAACGAGCUGUUAAACUUGCGAUGGUUCUUAGUGGUGCUAAUGAUACCGAACUGAAGAAUAAAACACUCAGAUUUGGUUCGCCACGUUUGUUAUCAAUGGUACCUGAUAAUACUAAAGAUCAGAUUAGCAUCUUAUCUCCCUCGCUGUUCAGUAUGCAUGAUAAAGGCAAAGGUUUGGAAGCACUAACAAGUAUUCCGAAAUUACUCAAAAUAAUGGGUAACAGAGAUUACGAUGAAUGGCUUAAUUUCAUUGUGGAAGCAUCCGGUACAACUGAUGCAAUACAUAAAUUAAAGGAACAGCAAGGAUUAGAUUGGUUACCACCCGGUUAUAAAUCAAUGCCACGUGGAAUUGAUGGUCAACCAAUGUAUUUUACGAAGGAAAACGUAACAGAAAUUGAUCCAGAAAUGGCCAGGAAGAUGGAAGUUUUUGAAAACUUAACACGUUCUCUUACGCCAAAACAGUUAAUGGAUUUCAAUACAACCGGAUUCUCGAUGAUGACCCCAAAACAAUUGGUUAUGGUCUAUGGCCCGCAAUCACCGCUAAAUAACAGCAAAGCGUUGGAUUUUUUCAUGUCAUUAAGUGAGGAUGAUAUGCACCGUCAUCUCCUUAAUGAUAUCCGUAAUAUGGCUAAAGUGCAUUCUAAAUUGAAAAUACGCCGGAAACGAGAGAGCUCGCGAGAAGAACCUGACGGGCUAGAACGAUCUAGAGUGCGAAGAGGACCUAGAGGGCGAAAAGAAUGUGAAAAAUGUCGCACGACUACUCCUGCACCUGAAGAUAUUUUUGACGUUUCACCAGCCGUUUUAUCACCCGCAAUGUUUUCACUAACACUUUUUGCUCCAUCAAUCUUCGGUGCUUCUAUACUGAGUCCAAGUGCAUUUCUCGCCACCCUCCUAUCUCCAAAAGUGUUAAGUCCUGCGAUCCUGUCACCAGCAGCAUUAGCUGUUCUUGUCCUUUCACCAUUUGCUCUAAAUCCGAGAAUUCUAAGUCCCGGCGCACUGACAACAUCCCUCUUAUCUCCAAGCGCAUUAUCACCGGAUAUUCUAUCACCAUCUGUACUUUCACCGGCUAUUAUGAGCCCAUUUGCUCUCAGCCCUUCCAUCUUUUCACCAUCGGCAUUAAGCGGUCUAAUCAUGAGCCCAUUUGCAUUCUCACCUUCUUAUUUUUCACCAUCUUUCAUCUCUGCGAUGAUCUUUUCACCAAAUGCUUUCUCACCAUCAUUUAAUUCAACUGGUCAAGGUGUCACGGUAUUAUUUUCACCAAGUUUAGGAAGCUGA